AUGGGCCGCUUGGGGCGGGCGCUGCCCCGUGACGUGCAGGCUGAGUGGGAAGCGGAGGACGGUGAUCGCCCGCGCGGGCCCUACCAGGCCGAGUACCGGGCCAUAUCCAGGGAGUACCAGGGCAACGCCAUCCGCACCACCAAGUACAGCCUGCUGACCUUCAUCCCAAUCAACCUCUUCCAGCAAUUUCGCAGGGUGGCAAACCUGUACUUCCUGUUUCUGGUGCUGCUGAACUGGGUGCCGGCAGUGGAGGCCUUCCAAAAGGAGAUCACCAUGGUGCCUCUGCUGGUGGUCCUCAUUGCCAUCGCCUUCAAAGACGCUCUGGAGGACUACCGGCGCUACCUGUUUGACAAGACUGUCAACCACAGCCUGGUGCGCGUCUACUGCAGUAAGCAGAAAGCCUACAUUGACCAACACUGGCAGGAUGUCCGGGUGGGAGACUUUAUUCGCCUGUCCUGCAACGAGAUCAUUCCAGCCGAUGUGUUGCUGCUGUACUCGUCGGACCCGCGAGGCAUCUGUUACAUCGAGACGGCCAACCUCGACGGGGAGACCAACCUCAAACAGAGACGGGUAGUCUCAGACCUGCCCCUGCAGGGAUCGGAGCUGACUCCAGAGAGCUUCUAUUGUCGUAUUGAAUGUGAAAAUCCUAAUAAUGACCUGGGCCGGUUUCGAGGUUACAUGUAUGUAUUAACUCAAGUCCGCGUUGGUCUCCACAACGACAACCUUCUGCUGCGGAGCUGUACCGUCCGCAACACGCAGACCGUUGUCGGCCUCGUCGUCUACGCUGGCCAUGAGACCAAAGCCAUGAAGAACAACAGUGGGCCGCGGUACAAACAGAGCCGUCUGGAGAAGCGCCUCAACAGGGACGUGUUGUGGUGUGUCAUCCUGCUGUUCUCCAUGUGUCUGACAGCAGCCAUAGGGCAUGGUCUCUGGCUCCAGCGAUGGACUGAUCCCAUUUAUUCCAUCGCUGAGCAGGUGUCUCCUACACUGGCGGGAUUCUAUGUCUUUUGGACGAUGAUCAUCGUGCUGCAGGUGCUAAUCCCCAUCUCCCUUUACGUGUCUAUCGAGAUUGUGAAACUAGGCCAGAUCUAUUUCAUCCAGAACGACCUGGCGCUGUACAGCGAGCAGCUGGACUCAGGCAUACAGUGCAGGGCGCUCAACAUCACGGAGGACUUGGGGCAGAUUCAGUACCUCUCCGACAAGACCGGCACUCUGACAGAAAACAAAAUGGUGUUCCAGUGUUGCACUAUACAUGGGGUGCAGUAUCCACACACACAGAAUGCGCGGAGGCUGGCUCUGUAUGAGGAGGAUGUGUCGGGUGUCCCGGGCCGCUCCCUGACCCUGCGGUCAGGCUGUAGCGUCAGGUCCCUCAGCUGUCGCUCUAUGAGCUGCGGCCACAGCUCCACCUCGCUGCACUCCCUGACCAGAGAGGAGGAGGAGCCCCAGGGAGGGGCGCCAUGCAGCCGCAUGGCUAAAGAAGUGAUCCCAGACCCUGAGCUGCUGAAGAAGAUGCGCUGCCUCCAGGCCACUAGCCUCUGUGGAGCUGAGGCCAGCUGCCUCCAGGCCACUAGCCUCUGUGGAGCUGAGGCCAGCUGCCUCCAGGCCACUAGCCUCUGUGGAGCUGAGGCCAGCUUAGAGUUGAACUCCAUCGUGGACUUCUUCCUAGCGCUGGCGGUCUGCAACAGUGUAGUGGUGUCCUCAUCCGGCCGGCCCUGUCACACGCACGCUGAUCUUCCCCACAACCUCACCUCAAGACUAUUGGCCCAGGGCGAGGCAGGGUCCCGGGGCGUGUCAGGGGCCCUGGGCGCGGCAGGGGUCCAGGGCGAGGUAGGCUCCUCCACCACAGCCACACCGUCGCAGGCGGGCGCCUCGCGGGAGAGCACACAACUUGGCCCAGGCACCGACCUGGUGAGGUCCAACGUGGCACUGGAAAACCCAAGGGACCCAACAGCAGAUGUGUUGACAGACAUGGGAAACCGAGAGGAGGGUGUUGGUGCCGUGGGGGCCCCCAAUGUUGGAACUGAACCCCUAAGAGUGUCGUCCCUGGAGGACCCGGCUUUUUGCCACAGUGGGCCGACGGCGGCCAAUGAGCAGCUCAUUUAUGAGGCAGAGAGCCCGGACGAGCUGGCCCUGGUGCACGCCGCCCGGGCCUACAACUGCACCCUUCGGGGCCGGUCGGGGGACGAGCUGGCCGUGGAGCUGCCGGGGGCCGCAAGCCGCCUGCACGUCAGCCUGCUCCACGUCCUGCCGUUCGACUGCACUCGCAGACGCAUGUCGGUGGUGGUGCGCCACCCGCUGACGGGGCGGUUGGUGCUGUACACCAAAGGAGCCGACUCGGUCAUCAUGGAGCUCUCCGAGCACCCAGAUGUGCCAGCCGGAGAGGGGUACGUUAAAAUCCGAGAACAAACCCAGAACCACUUAGACGCCUACGCCAGAGACGGCCUUCGUACACUCUGUAUCGCACAAAGGGUUCUGGAGGAGGACGACUACCAGGCCUGGCAGAAGGGCCAGCUGCUAGCGGAGACAAGCAUCGAGAACCGAGAGGAGCUGCUGCUGGAGUCGGCCCAGCGUCUGGAGACCAACCUCACUCUGCUUGGUGCGACCGGGAUCGUAGAUCGCCUCCAGGAGGAGGUCCCAGAGACCAUUGAGGCCCUGCAGAGAGCUGGCAUCAAGGUGUGGGUUCUGACCGGAGACAAGCAGGAGACGGCCGUCAACAUCGCAUGUGCCUGUAAACUCCUGGGACCCGAUGACCAGAUUCUGAACGCGAACUGCGGAAGUAAGGUGGGCAGUUUACAGUCGGUCAACGGUCUGUAUUCACCCUAACCUCAGCUGAUCAGGUGAUAACUAGUGAGAGGUCAUAUCCCCUAAUACAUGUACAAACAGACUAAAGUAAUGCAAUGUGAUUAU